CUUACUACUGCUGCUGCUUCUCCACCUCCUGCUGUUCCUCAGCAGAAACAGAACCAUGGUGACUGGGAUCUUUGGUAUUGUCCUUCUUCCUGUACUCCUCUUCACAAAUGCGGAAGCCAUGGAAGCUCAAGUAUCCAGGAGUGCCUCAGAUUCUGGUUUAUGGCUGUGCCAUCCAGUACCCAGGUGUGGAGACAGGUUCUACAACCCCUUGGAGCAGUGUUGUGAGGAUGACAACAUCCUGCCCCUGAACCAGACCCGUCUUUGUGGCCCCAAUUGCAUCUACUGGCCCUGCAUUGAGCUAUGCUGUCCUGAGUCCUUUAGCUCCCAGAAGAAAUUUAUUAUCAAGCUGAAAAUUCAGGGAAAGAGAUCCCAUUGCAGUUCAUCCCCCAUUUCUGGGGACUGUGCUAGCAGAAAGACAUUUAUACAGAGAAGAUAUCCAAGAAAAGCUAUUGCUAUCCGAGGGACCAGUCUCCACAGGCAAAGGCUCAAAAGAUAUCGACAGCAUCAGCAUAACUAAGAAUUUUCUAUCUGAGGGGGUUGGGGAAAAAGACACUCAUACACUCUCUUAAUGGUUUUCUUUAUUCUCCUUCUUCUCUCUCCCUCUACUGCUUAUAUACUGCAACAAAAUCUUUCAAGCAAUACAGGGAUCACAAAAAGGUUACAUUCCAUUUCUCAAGCAAAUGAUUAUAGGUAAAAAACAUUUUUAUCUCCUAACAUAAUUAAAACAGUCAUCUUCACAUCUCACAUGCAACAUAUCUAAGUAACUUGUCCUCAAAGAGUGCCAAGUCUCAGGACAUGGAGACACCCAGAAUGUCGUAACUCCUCUAGUUUAAGUUCAAGUCAACAUUCCUGAGAUACAGUAAUCUCUUAGCAUCAGCUCCAGUUGGCACUCCCAAGACACUGUGGCAACAUGAUGCUUUAAAUCUCAAAAUGUACUUUCUGCCUGUGUGUGACCCCUGACUAUAAAAGAAAAGCUGUAUCCUUUUGGGGUGCUACAAAGUCGAAUCAUUCUCUGUGCCCUGACUAGUCAGAAUUUCUUUCCCCAUGGUGUUUUUGAAUAAAAGUUACUUCUGUUUCUGGA